UUAUUUGAUAUUUGCUCAAAGUGAGUAGAAAAGGUUGCGACUGUUAUUGGCUUGCAACUACUCCGAGUGCUCCGUAAGCGGUCCUUUUCCUGGUUUUCCUGCAGAUUUAGUGUUGUGGGGUGUUCUCAUUUUGGUCUCUCAGCCAGAAUUUGGGUUCAAAACCAGGUUUUUCAACUGGGUAUUGGCUGGUUUCUGGUUUUUUUUUUUUUUUUCUGCACUUCAUGGUGGCUGUUUGACGGGUUCUGAUCUGUGAAUGGUUCUGUUGUGAGAGAAAGUUAAGAGUGUGAGACUGUGUUAGAGAGAAAGGAAGAGAUGGAGGACAAGCCUGAAGUUUUGGAGGCUGUGUUGAAGGAAGCUGUGGAUUUGGAAAACAUUCCCAUUGAGGAAGUGUUUGAGAAUCUGAGAUGUAGCAAAGAGGGUCUCACUACGGAGGCUGCAGAGGAGAGGCUGACCAUUUUCGGGCACAACAAGCUUGAAGAGAAAAAGGAGAGCAAGUUCUUGAAGUUUUUGGGAUUCAUGUGGAACCCUCUGUCUUGGGUGAUGGAAGCUGCUGCUAUCAUGGCGAUUGCGCUUGCGAAUGGAGGAGGAAAGCCCCCGGACUGGCAAGACUUCGUGGGCAUUAUAGUCCUACUUGUCAUCAACUCGACAAUUAGUUUCAUUGAGGAAAACAAUGCGGGUAAUGCCGCGGCCGCUCUCAUGGCUCGUCUCGCUCCAAAAGCCAAGGUUCUUCGAGAUGGAAGAUGGGGUGAGCAUGAUGCUGCGGUUCUGGUUCCCGGUGAUAUCGUCAGUAUUAAACUUGGAGAUAUUAUACCGGCUGAUGCUCGUCUUCUUGAAGGAGAUCCGUUGAAAAUUGACCAGUCUGCACUUACCGGUGAGUCCCUUCCUGUCACGAAAGGCCCUGGAGAUGGCGUUUACUCUGGUUCAACUUGCAAACAGGGAGAAAUUGAAGCAGUGGUCAUUGCCACCGGUGUCCAUACAUUCUUUGGGAAGGCUGCUCAUCUUGUUGAUACCACCAACCAAGUGGGCCACUUCCAAAAGGUCUUGACUGCAAUUGGGAACUUCUGUAUAUGUUCAAUUGCCGUGGGGAUGCUUAUAGAAAUUGUUGUUAUGUAUCCCAUUCAAGACCGGAGGUACCGCCCUGGAAUUGACAAUCUUCUUGUGCUUCUCAUUGGAGGAAUUCCAAUCGCCAUGCCUACAGUUCUGUCAGUGACAAUGGCUAUUGGUUCUCAUAGGUUAGCUCAGCAGGGAGCUAUCACAAAGAGGAUGACAGCAAUUGAAGAGAUGGCAGGCAUGGACGUGCUUUGCAGUGACAAGACUGGAACUUUGACAUUGAAUAAGCUUACUGUUGACAAGGCUCUUAUUGAGGUUUUUGCGAAAGGAGUAGAUGCAGAUACUGUAGUUCUGAUGGCAGCUCAAGCCUCUAGAGUGGAGAAUCAAGAUGCAAUAGAUACUGCUAUAGUUGGGAUGUUGGCUGAUCCAAAGGAGGCACGUGCUGGCAUUCAAGAAUUACACUUCCUCCCUUUUAAUCCCACGGAUAAGCGAACGGCAUUGACUUAUAUUGACCGUGAUGGUAAAAUGCACAGAGUCAGCAAAGGUGCACCGGAACAGAUUCUAAACCUUGCCCAUAAUAAGUCAGACAUUGAGCGUAGAGUUCAUGCUGUGAUCGAUAAGUUUGCUGAGAGAGGCUUACGAUCUCUUGCUGUGGCAUACCAGGAAGUUCCAGAAGGAAGGAAAGAGAGUGCUGGAGGCCCGUGGCAGUUCAUUGGUCUAAUGCCUCUCUUUGACCCACCUAGGCAUGACAGUGCGGAGACAAUAAGAAGGGCUUUAAAUCUUGGAGUGAAUGUGAAAAUGAUUACAGGCGAUCAACUUGCAAUAGGAAAGGAAACUGGACGUAGGCUGGGAAUGGGUACUAACAUGUAUCCUUCAUCUGCUUUGCUAGGACAGAAUAAGGACGAGUCUAUUGCAUCUUUACCGAUUGAUGAGCUGAUAGAGAAAGCUGAUGGCUUUGCUGGUGUUUUCCCUGAGCACAAAUAUGAAAUUGUAAAGCGCUUGCAAGCUAGGAAACAUAUCUGUGGCAUGACUGGUGAUGGAGUGAAUGAUGCUCCUGCCCUCAAAAAAGCUGACAUUGGGAUAGCAGUUGCUGAUGCAACAGAUGCAGCUCGUAGUGCUUCUGACAUUGUUCUUACAGAACCUGGUCUUAGUGUUAUUAUUAGUGCUGUUUUGACCAGUCGGGCAAUCUUCCAGAGGAUGAAAAAUUACACCAUUUAUGCAGUUUCCAUUACAAUCCGUAUUGUGCUUGGCUUCAUGUUGCUCGCGCUCAUAUGGGAGUUUGACUUUCCACCUUUUAUGGUGCUUAUCAUUGCCAUUCUCAAUGAUGGUACUAUCAUGACAAUAUCCAAAGAUAGGGUGAAACCAUCUCCUUUGCCAGAUAGUUGGAAGCUAGCUGAGAUUUUUACAACUGGCAUUGUUCUCGGUAGUUACUUGGCAAUGAUGACAGUCAUAUUUUUCUGGGCUGCAUAUAAGACAAACUUCUUCCCGCGAACAUUUGGGGUGUCAUCCCUUGAGAAAACAGCUCAUGAUGACUUCCGAAAGCUUGCUUCAGCAAUAUAUCUGCAAGUGAGCACCGUUAGUCAGGCCCUCAUAUUUGUGACACGAUCUCGAAGUUGGUCCUUUGUUGAGCGUCCUGGGUUAUUGCUUGUGGUAGCUUUCAUUAUUGCUCAGCUGAUUGCCACUUUGAUUGCAGUCUAUGCAAGCUGGAGCUUUGCUGCGAUUGAAGGAAUUGGAUGGGGUUGGGCUGGCGUGAUCUGGCUGUAUAACUUAAUAUUCUACUUCCCACUUGAUGUCAUAAAAUUCCUCAUACGCUAUGCUUUAAGUGGGAGGGCUUGGGAUCUUGUUAUUGAGCAGAGGAUUGCUUUCACAAGACAAAAGGACUUCGGGAAGGAACAACGUGAGCUUCAAUGGGCACAUGCACAGAGAACUUUGCAUGGGUUGCAGCCACCCGACACCAAGAUGUUUACUGAGCGAGCACAUUUCACAGAACUCAAUCAAAUGGCUGAAGAAGCCAAAAGAAGAGCUGAAAUUGCGAGGUUGAGAGAACUCCAUACACUGAAAGGUCACGUGGAAUCAGUGGUGAGACUCAAGGGCCUUGACAUUGACACAAUUCAGCAAGCCUACACAGUCUGAGGGAGAGCAUUAAUUAUCUUGCCCAAUACUUCUUGAAGAUGCUCCUACUACCGCUGAGAGUAAAGGCAUGUAAUCAACAUGCCGUUGAGUUUAUCUCCAAACAAUCUUUUUAAUAUGUGAUAUACUAUAAUGUCCAUUUUCAGCAGUUAUAGAUGCUGUGGUCAGCUCUUAUCUACCCUUUUUCCCUUGUGUUUUUGGACACCUCUCAGAUAAACUCUUGUGGUGCCCAUGAACGCUUAUAGUAUCAAAUGUCAUAUUGUGUUCAUAUCA